GUCCGUUGGGGAUAAGUGUCUAGUCACAGUUGUGCCUUACAUUUUAAUUGAGAAACACUGUGGUGGGUCUGUCGAAGAACUGCUACUCAGUUUGUCAGGUUUUGUUUGUCUUUUUUGUAACAUUUUCAUCUGCCUGAGUGGAAGUAACAUGCAAGCUCUAAGAAACCUCUUCGGGGCUCCCUGGUCCUCUGACGUCAGGCUCGAUGGGCAAACUGCGGUGAUCACAGGCGCAAACACCGGGAUAGGCAAAGAGACAGCCAUCGAUCUGGCUAAAAGAGGAGCCAGAGUGAUCUUGGCGUGUCGGGACAUGGAGAAAGCCCAGACGGCGUUGACUGAAAUCAUCAAAAGCUCCGGCAAUGACAAUGUCGUCUCCAUGAAAUUGGAUUUAUCAGACACCAAAUCGAUCAGAGAGUUUGCAACAAACCUCCACCAAAAUGAGCAGAAGCUCAACCUCCUCAUCAACAAUGCAGGUGUGAUGGUUUGUCCGUAUGGGAAGACAGCUGAUGGCUUCGAGAUGCAGAUUGGAGUCAAUCACUUUGGUCACUUCUUGCUGACUUACUUGUUGAUUGACCUGAUUAAAAGUUCGGCCCCGGCCAGAAUCGUAAACGUGUCCUCCAUGGCUCAUUCCUGGGGCUCCAUCAACCUGGAGGACAUCAACAGCGAGAAAAGCUACAACAAGAGCAAAGCUUACGCUCAGAGCAAGCUGGCUAACGUGCUCUUCACCCGCUCACUGGCCAAAAGACUGGAAGGCACCGGGGUGACCACCUACUCCCUCCACCCUGGCGUCGUUCAGACGGACCUGUGGCGCCACCUGAGCGCCCCCGAGAGGUUCUUCAUGAAGAUUGCCAAACCUUUCACCAAAGACUCGGUGGAGGGAGCUCAGACCACGAUCUACUGCGCCGUGGAGCCAUCUUUAGAAAAGGAGAGCGGUGGAUAUUACAGUGGCUGCGCUCCUGCUAACUGCUGCGCUGCUGGAAAAGACGAUGUGUUGGCACAGAAGCUGUGGGAGUUGAGCUGCAAGAUGCUGUCCUUGUCGUGGGACUAAAGCCUUUCAUUCCAUUUAUUUCACAAACUCAUUCCUUAACGCCUUCAAAGAAAACUACUUGUUACACACAACAUUUUCCCUGCUGUUUGUGUUAAUACAAGGUUUUACUAACUUUU